AUGUCACACGAAAAGGACGAUGAAUUCACCAGAAGACGUCGCGCAGAAGAACAAGCGCUCAUCGAAACAAUUCGAUACAAAAGGAAGCGCAUCAAACUGGCACCUUCCUUUCCAUCAGAAGAUGAAAUUCAACGCAAAAUUCGUUCUAUUUUAAGUUCUGUCAUUGAUCUCAUUCAAUCUGAUAAUCUCUUUGAUUACUUCUCUGAAAUCCGCGGUCGUAAACCCCAGUUCUUUGCAAAAAAUGAAGCCACUCUCUACAAAUGUCACUUGGAAAAGGUGCAUCUGCAGGCAUGUCACAUCACGGACAAAAUUCGGUGUGGAACAGAAGCAUUGUCAAUGGGUUACGAUCUCUACGGCGGAGGACAUUUAGCAAGUUCCAGAGACAAGUUUUUUGAAGAGGAAAUCAAAGGAGUGUCGUUUGACCCUACUUUUACAGCAGAGUUUGUUCGCAAGGAACUCGAGUUUUUGGAGGAUUUUUGUCAGAAGAUCCAAACGGAAAUCCGAGAAGCCGAGCUACAACAGAAUAAUGAGACUCAUGAAUCUCUGUCCGAAGAAAUCAAGCGCAUCCUGGCCAAUCUGGAGCAGAAAAUUGAUGAGAAUCAGCAGCAAGAGCAAUUUGGUCGCAGGAUAACCGAUCUCGAGAGCAAACUCGACAAGACACGGGAGCAUUGCAGUCAACUGCAAGAAGAAAUCAAGUGCAUGCUGAAAGAGCCUAAGGAAUCUACCAAUGUCGUCUCGGAGAAGCAUUCGCAGUCACCUGUAGUCACUCCCUCGAGACCGAGCAUCGAGGAAGACCUUUUGGAUUUAGAAGAUGACAUCGUUUUCCAAAACUCCGACGAAGGAGACGUCGACGACAACAACAAUGCAUCGGAGAAGCCGACAGUCGAAGAGGAAAGACUAGAGCUAGAACAUCGAUUGAACGUUUUGAGAAAUCUUGUCCAUAUGGAGCGCAAAGUUCCAGAAAGAAAGAUAAGCAUGCGGCGCGCGAUGUAA